UCUCAAUAAUCGCAUUAUUUCCUUCUUCAUGAUGAAAUCGCGACCGUGGGAAGAUUAGAGGGGACCCAGGAAAAGCGAAAAGGCAGACAAGUGCUGGCCGGCCUAGGAACUGUCAUGCUUGGUUCUAUGUGUUUCCCGCCGGGCCAGUGAUGCUGCGGACUGAACUCAGAUACUGGAGAAGGGAGGACGGUCCUGCUGGUAGUGGAGAAACAUGUCGAGUUUCUCUAGAGCGCCUCAGCAAUGGGCCACUUUUGCUCGAGUUUGGUAUCUUUUAGAUGGGAAAAUGCAGCCCCCCGGUAAACUUGCUGCUAUGGCAUCAGUCAGACUUCAAGGAUUGCAUAAACCUGUGUACCAUCAACUGAGUGACUGCGGUGACCAUGUUGUCAUAAUGAACACAAGGCACAUUGCAUUUUCUGGAAACAAAUGGGAACAAAAAGUAUACUCUUCACAUACUGGUUACCCAGGUGGAUUUAAACAAGUAACAGCUGCUCAACUUCACCAGAAGGAUCCAGUAGCAAUUGUAAAACUAGCUAUUUAUGGCAUGCUACCCAAAAAUCUUCACAGAAGAACUAUGAUGCAGAGGUUGCAUCUUUUCCCAGAUGAGGAUAUACCUGAAGAUAUUCUUAAGAAUUUAGUGGAAGAGCUUCCUCAACCACGAAAAGUACCCAGACGUCUAGAUGAGUACACACAAGAAGAAAUAGAAGCUUUCCCAAGAGUUUGGUCUCCACCUGAAGAUUACCGGCUGUAGAAGAAUGAAAAUUGCAGAAAAUAACUUCUUCCUGAUAAAUUUCUCCUAACCCACAGGACUGAGUGAAACAACCACUGCAUUUUGACAGGAAACUUGUUAUGGGCGCUGAAAGUUUGUGGAGAAAGGUCAGGAAGGGAUCUUCCUUCAAUAGGAAAUUGCAGUAAAAUACAUCAUUUUAUAGAAUUGAUUGCUUUAUAGUGUGAUCUGAUUUCAAUAUUACAAAUAGUGAUAAGAAU